AUGCCUCAGUGCCCAGAGAAUCCACAAUGCUUAUGUGAUCAACGCUUUCAGACCUGUAGUGAGAUCCAGGAUAUGGAAGUUGUACAGGUCUCCAAGGCUCUGGAAGAGACUGGUCUCUCCUCUCAUCCUCUGAUGCCUGACAAUUCAAAGGAGGCUUCUGAUGCUGGUGUACCCAGUACCACUGAGAGUCCUCAGAGUGUCUGCUCAUCUCCCAUUGCCAUCACAACCACUUCAUCAAAUAAAUUAAAUGAGGGCUCCAGUAGCCAAGAAGAGGAGGAUGCCACCUCGUGGGCUGGACCAGACCCCAAGAAUAUGCCCAUAGAUGCUCUAGAUAAGAAAGUGAAUUCAUUGGUCAAUUUUAUGCUAUUCAAGUAUCAAAUAAAAGAGCCAAUGACAAAGGCAGAUAUGAAGAUUGUCAUCAAAGAGCAUGAGGACCACUUCACUGAAACCUUCCUGAGAGCCUCUGAGCAUAUGGAGAUGGUCUUUGGCCUUGAUGUGAAGAGAGUGGAUACCACCAACCACUGCUAUGGCCUCUUCAUCAAAUUGGGCCUCACCUAUGAUGGGGUGAUGAAAGGUGAAGAGGGCAUGCCCAAGACCAGCAUCCUGAUACUUAUCCUGGGUGUGAUCUUCAUGAAGGGCAACAUUGCCACUGAAGAGGAAGUCUAGGAAGUUCUGAACUUGACGGGGAUAUUUUCUGGGAGGAAGCACAGCAUCUUUGGGGAGCCCAAGAAACUCAUGACCAAAGAGUUGGUGAAGGAAAAGUACCUGGAGUACCGGCAGGUGGCCAACAGUGAUUCUGUACAGUUUGAAUUCCUGUGGGGUCCGAGAGCCUACGCUGAAACCACCAAGAUGAAAGUCCUGGAGUUUCUGGCCAGGGUUCAUGGGACUGACCCAAGUUCUUUCCCAUCUCAGUAUGAGGAGGCUUUGCAAGAUGAAGAAGAAAGAAAGAGCCCAGGCCAGAAUUUCUGCAUGAUCUGUCUCUACUUCUGUGGCCACUGA